CGGAGCCAAUCGAAACGCGGGGCGCUUUCCUUCGGCAGCGCGCGCACGCGCGGGCGGGCGGCCCGGCGCGAUGGACCCUGCGGGUCCCAGCGCCCAGGCUCAGGCCAAGCCGCCGCCACCUGAGGCGUGGCCGGCCGUCAACUCCGAGGAGGAGCUCUACGACUGCCUGGAUUACUACUACCUGCGCGACUUCCCGGCCUCCGGGGCCGGGCGCAGCAAGGGCCGGACGCGGCGCGAGCGGGAACGGCGCACCAACCGGCCGGUGCCCGGCGGCCACGAGCGCAAGAUCGCGCAGAAGCUCGUCAACGGCCAGCGCAAGCGUCGCCAGCGCCAGUUGCAGCCCCGGCCGCGCACUCGCCUCGCCUGAGCGCCGGAUACCCGAAGGACCUGAUAAAAGUAUUUUCUCUGACUCCAGCUGUAACUGGUCCUAAGGGGGAGAGAAUCCAUGUUGGUCAACAGAACUUUCCGACAUCGCUUAAGUUUACUGCUUCAGUAUCUUUUCCUUACUGAUUAUUAAUUAAGUAACAUCCAAGUGGGUAUACCUUUUUAGGGUUUUGAAUUAAAAGAGAGCAGCAAGAAUGGCA